AUGUCCAUUGAGAAUAGUGUAGCAGCAUCGAUGGAUAAGUCAAACGUCUCAUCGACAUUGGUAUUUUUUGUCAAUGGAAAGAAGGUUGUCGAUCCCAAUCCCGAUCCAGAAUGUACCCUUCUAACAUAUCUGCGCGACAAGCUGCGUCUGUGUGGCACUAAAUUGGGAUGCGGCGAAGGUGGUUGUGGUGCCUGUACGGUGAUGAUCAGUCGUGUCGAUCGCGCCACAAAUACCCUUAAACAUUUGGCCGUCAACGCCUGUCUAACACCAGUCUGUGCGAUGCAUGGCCAUGCGGUAACAACCGUCGAAGGUAUUGGCAGCACACGAACACGUCUUCACCCAGUACAAGAACGUUUGGCCAAGGCGCAUGGUAGUCAAUGUGGUUUUUGUACACCUGGUAUUGUAAUGUCCAUGUACACUUUGUUGCGCAACUCGGAACAACCUUCAAUGAAAGACUUAGAAGUGGCAUUCCAAGGAAAUCUGUGUCGUUGCACCGGAUAUCGUCCAAUUCUGGAGGGUUACAAAACAUUUACCAAGGAAUUUGCCUGUGGCAUGGGUGAUAAGUGUUGUAAGGUGAAUGGCAACAACUGUAAUGGUCAAGAGAAUGGUGUCUCCCUGGUGGAUGAUAAACUAUUUGACAAAAGUGAAUUUGUCCCCCUGGAUCCAAGUCAAGAACCCAUAUUUCCUCCAGAAUUGCAAUUGAACACACAAUGGGAAUCGGAAACUUUGGUGUUUAAGGGUGAACGUGUUACUUGGUAUAGACCCACGACGUUGGAGGAAUUACUGAAAUUAAAAGCAGAAUAUCCUCAGGCGAAAAUUGUGGUUGGCAACACUGAGGUUGGUGUGGAAGUCAAAUUCAAGCAUUUCCUGUAUCCGGUUCUUAUUCAACCUACCAAAGUUUCGGAUUUGGUUGAAGUCAAAGAGAACGAUGACAGUGUUUACUUUGGUGCCUCCGUGAGCUUGGUUGAUAUUGAAAAGUAUCUAAGAGAACUUAUGGAAAAAUUACCCGAACAUCAAGUCCGAUUCUUCCAAUGUGCUGUCGAUAUGUUACACUACUUUGCUGGCAAACAAAUUCGUAGCGUGGCUUCGCUGGGUGGCAAUAUUAUGACUGGCAGCCCAAUUUCCGAUAUGAAUCCUGUUCUAAUGGCAGGUUUGGUAAAAUUGAAGGUUGCCAAAUAUGCCGAUGGCAAAAUUCAAUAUCGAGAUGUUAUUAUGAAUUCGAAAUUCUUCACGGGUUAUAGAAAGAAUGUCCUCGAACCCCAGGAAGUUUUGGUGGGUAUUCAUUUCCCCAAAACGCUGCCCAAUCAGUAUGUCGUCGCAUUUAAGCAAGCCAAACGUCGUGAUGAUGAUAUUGCAAUUGUCAAUGCCGCUGUGAAUGUCACUUUUGAACCGAAUUCGGAUCGUGUGCAAGAAGUGUCGAUGGCUUUUGGUGGUAUGGCUCCCACCACAGUUAUGGCAGUACGUUCAUGCGAAAUGAUGGUGAAACAGCAAUGGAAUCGUGUCCUCAUGGAACGUGUUGUGGAGAAUCUUUGUGCUGAAUUACCAUUGGCCCCCACUGCUCCAGGAGGCAUGAUUGCCUAUCGCCGUUCGCUGGUAGUGAGCCUCUUCUUCAAAGCCUACUUGAAAAUAUCCCAACAAAUGAUGAAGGAUGGUGUUUUGCCCAAUGACUUCUUGUCGGAAGAUGAAAUAAGUGGUGGAGAAGUGUUCCACACUCCAGUCUUAAAGAGUUCUCAGCUCUUCGAAAAGGUCUCCUCCACACAAAGUCAAUGUGAUCCUGUGGGCAGACCCAAGGUUCAUGCCUCCGCUUUCAAGCAAGUAACCGGAGAAGCAAUGUAUUGUGACGAUGUUCCGCGUACCGAAAAUGAGUUAUAUUUGGCCUUGGUAUUGAGUACUAGGGCCCAUGCAAAAAUUUUGAAUAUUGAUGCCACCGAAGCAUUGGCCAUGCCCGGAGUUCACGCUUUCUAUUCGAGCAAGGAUAUAACGGACCAUGAAAAUGAAGUGGGUCCGGUAUUCCAUGAUGAGGUAGUCUUUGCCAAAGAUGUGGUCCAUUGUCAGGGACAAGUUGUGGGUGCUGUGGUGGCCGACAGUCAAGCCUUGGCCCAGAGAGCUUCUCGUAAAGUGAAAGUAGAAUAUGAGGAUAUCACACCAGCAAUUAUAACCAUUGAACAGGCCAUUCAACACAAAUCCUAUUUCCAUGGCUACCCAUGGUAUGCCGGCACGGGAGAUGUCGAGAAAGGUUUCGCAGAAGCUGAACACGUGUAUGAAGGCUCCUGCCGCAUGGGAGGACAAGAACAUUUCUAUUUGGAAACUCAUGCUUCAUAUGCUGUACCAAAAGAUUCGGAUGAGAUUGAAAUCCUUUCCUCUACACAACAUCCCUCCGAAGUACAAAAACUUGUUGCCCAUGUCCUAUCGCUGCCAGCCCAUAAGGUAGUGUGUAAAGCUAAAAGAUUGGGUGGUGGAUUUGGUGGCAAAGAAUCCAGAUCAAUUGCUGUUGCCUUGCCCGUAGCAUUGGCAUGCUAUCGCCUCAGGAGACCCAUACGCUGCAUGUUGGAUCGUGAUGAAGAUAUGAUGAUCACCGGUACCAGACAUCCAUUCCUUUUCAAAUACAAAAUCGGCUUUACAUCCCAAGGUCGUUUGACAGCCCUCUCCAUUGAAUGCUACACCAAUGCCGGUUGGUCUAUGGAUCUAUCAUUCUCCGUCAUGGAACGGGCCGUCUAUCACAUUGAGAAUUGUUAUAAGAUACCCAACAUCAAGGCAGCCGGAUAUGUGUGCAAAACGAAUUUACCUUCCAAUACUGCAUUCCGUGGUUUUGGUGGACCUCAGGGUAUGUUUGCUGCCGAACAUAUUAUACGUGAUGUAGCUCGCAUCCUCAACAAGGAUGUAUUGGACAUAAUGCGUAUCAAUUUCUAUAAACCCGGUGAUAGAACGCACUACAAUCAGCUUUUGGAAGAUUUCCCCGUAAUCAGAUGCUUCGAGGACUGCCUCAAGCAAUCGAAUUACGCCCAAAAGAAACAAGAAAUUGAGGAAUUCAAUAGGAAAAAUCGUUACCGCAAACGUGGCAUUGCCGUAGUCCCUACCAAAUAUGGUGUAGCUUUUGGUGUUAAAUUUCUAAAUCAAGCUGGAGCUUUGAUAAACAUCUACACGGAUGGGUCAGUACUCCUGUCCCAUGGCGGUGUUGAAAUUGGCCAGGGUAUACACACCAAAAUGAUACAAUGUUGUGCCAGAGCUUUACAAAUCCCCUAUGAAUUGGUUCAUAUUUCCGAAACUGCCACCGAUAAGGUACCAAACACCUCACCCACAGCGGCCAGUAUGACCUCAGAUCUCAAUGGUAUGGCCAUCUUGAAUGCUUGUGAAAAACUCAAUAAACGUCUGGCACCCAUCAAAGAAGCCAAUCCCAAAGGUACUUGGCAGGAAUGGAUUCAAACCGCCUAUUUGCAGAGUAUUAGUCUCUCGGCGACAGGUUAUUAUAACUUGGAAACUGUCGAUUACCAUCCCGUGGAUAAUCCAACAGCUCAGCUGUACAGCUAUUUUACCAAUGGUGUUGGUAUAACUGUUGUCGAAGUUGAUUGUCUGACCGGUGAUCAUCAGGUUUUGAGUACCGAUAUUGUUAUGGAUAUUGGUUCAAGUUUAAAUCCAGCCAUUGAUAUUGGACAAAUUGAGGGCGCAUUUAUGCAAGGUUAUGGCUUAUUCACCUUGGAAGAGUUGAUCUAUUCUCCGACUGGUACUUUGUAUUCGCGAGGUCCGGGUAUGUACAAAAUUCCUGGUUUUGCUGAUAUUCCCGGUGAAUUUAAUGUUACCCUAUUGACGGGUGCUCCUAACCCAAGAGCUGUUUAUUCGUCGAAGGCUGUGGGAGAACCCCCACUGUUCAUUGGCAGUUCUGCCUUCUUUGCCAUUAAGGAUGCCAUUGGCAAUGCCCGUGAAGCAAAUGGCCUCAGCAGAGAUGUUAAGUUGGAAUCUCCUGCAACUGCUGCGCGCAUUCGUAUGGCUUGCCAGGAUGAUCUCACUAAAUUGAUUGAUAUACCUUCUGCCGAUACCUAUACUCCCUGGAAUAUUGUGCCAUAAAUGAGG